UUCAGAGAUCAGAAAUGUUAGCAGUGUCGUAGCUUUACCUUUCCUCAUCAUUUUUUUUAUAAUAUCUACAAUUCCAGUACGUACUAUUCUUUAUUCAUUAUUCAUUAUUAUUUGAUGGUUUUAAAAACAACAUGUUAUGCUGGAACAAUCAAACUGUGUGAACGUUAUAGUAUAUUUGCUGUAGUUACUCUCUCUCUUUGAACAAUUUGCUCCAAAACUUUAACCUUUACCUAAUUAUAAUAAUAAUAAUUAUUAUUAUUAUUAGUAGUAGUAAUAAUAAUAAUAAUGCCACUUCAACACUUUACUUCACUUUGUCCCUAUGGUUUUUCUUUUUUCUAUUUACUGUGAGAGCAGCUGUGAGACUUUUUGGUUGUAAACUUUCUUCUCCUAAACGGUACCACUUUACCUUCAAUUAUUGACCUGUGAUUGUGUUGUUAUAAAUUGUCGACUUUCUUCUCUGUAUGUUCUCAUAAAUGACACAUUUUCCUCUCCUAAAACUGUGACUUUUUUUUUCCAGACACUACGUAUAAUUUACGGCUUUUUAUUCAAAUGAACAUACGGCGUUUUUGUUUUGUUUUUAAAUAUAUGAACGUACGAAUUUAUUUUGACAAACCAAUAACUUUAUUCUCAUCAUAUUUGUCAUUUAUUCUUAUAUGUUUGACCCCCCCUCACCCCCCCAUCCCUUCUCCCUCCCCCCUCCCCUCGUAUCGUCUGAUAUCGUGUCCCUCAGUGUUGCUGUUGAGAGUUUCCUUUUCCAGAAAGAAGACGGACGGUGGUGGGAAGGACGGAGGCGUCUCUUAGUUCAGGAGGGACUGGAGGAACGUCACGGACCACGGAGGCUGUGAAGGUCUGUCUGGUCGGAGGAGAACCACAGUCAGAGAGAAGUUCUCCACGGAUCCUCCAUCACACCACACCACACCGAGCCCCAGCGACCAUGCCGUCUGCCGCAGCUGUGCUGUUUCUCCUCGUCCCUGUCAUCGCAGGAACACCGUUCCACCACAGUUGGUACCACAACAGUGGCCAGUCCGGCACCGACUCACGGCACAGGAAUAGGAACUGGUGCGCGUACGUCGUGCACAAGAACGUGAGCUGCGCCGUGGUUGGAGGUUCGGAGAGUUUCGUUCAACCUGAGCUGUUACCGUGUCCGCCCGAACUGCCGCACUGUCAACAACAAGUCAUAUACCGGACUCACUACAGACCCGUCUAUAAGAUCGGCUACAAGGUCAUAACAGAGCUGGAGUGGAGGUGUUGUCCCGGCUACCAGGGCUUCGACUGCAGGGAGGUGAAAGACCUGAGGCUACUGCAGGAGGCGCACUCACCUCAGACGUCCUCUGUUGCUGGACACAUUCCUGGUUCACGAGAACAGGGAACAGGGAACGCCUGGAGAAACCACCCGUGGAGGGGGGGCGGGCAGUUUGAAGGUCAGACAGGUUCGAGGGCAGCAGUAGCCGCAGUUCCAGCAGCACCAGCACCAGAAGCAGCAUCAACAGCAGGCCACACGGGGCACCAUCGUUCCAAUGACCUGGAGGAGGAGGUGCAGAGACUCUCUCAGAUGGUCCUGGACAUGCAGUCCAGAAUGACGGACAUGUCCGCCAACCUAAGGAUGGACUUCCAGGAAGACGCCAGCAAGAUGUUUCACACGCUGCUCAACGAUCUACAGCAGCCCAUCGGGGCGCGAGGUGGAGACACCGAAACCAUCCAGGUGAAGGACGUCUCCUUCCCCGACGACGGGCUGCAAAUGGACGAGGUCAUGAACAGGAUAAGCCAGGUGUCAGAAGACCUGGAGACCAAGAGUAACACGCUGGACGACCUGCUGAGGCGCGUUGGUGAACACGAUGGACAGAUUCAUCUUCUCAUCGAAGCCGCCGACAAACCUCUGGCACCACCUUCUCCUGCUCCACCAGCCACUGAUCCAAACCUGCGUUCUUAUGUGGACGAGAAGAUCCAAGCUCUGAGGAAGGAGAUGAUGGAGGGCAUGGACAUCAAACUUGCCGACUUGAAGAACUCCUGUGAUUAUAAAUUAAUGUCAGUCAAAGAGCAGUGUGAGGGACAGGAGACGAACUACUUCAGUCUCACUGAGCUGCUGGACUCCAAGGAAACUGAACUCAGGAAUGAGAUCCAGGACUUGAGGGACAAGCUGGUGGAUCCUGUGAAGGAAGGGACACGGGUGUCUGACUCUGUUGUAGAUCGUGUAGGAAAUCUUGAGGCCAAUCUGAACUCAUCAAAGACCAUGGCAGAGAAGUGUCUCUCUGUUGGGAAGGAACUAAAGACAGAAAGAACAGAGAUCAUCAAAGACCUGAGGGACGAUCUGGAGGAGAAGAUCACGUCCUUGGAAGGAAGACUUUCUAACCUGUUGGUGGAGAGGAGCAUCGUUACGUCCUCUGAACUUCAGCCAGAAGUUACAAAUGCUCUGCAGAAGGAUGUGGAGGCGCUGAAGACCUCUGUUCAGACCAUUGAAGGUAGACUAAAUACGUCGGACAAAGUCAAGUCCAGUGCUCCGUGGGAUUUGAUAAAUCUAGAGCAAACUGUUCAGAGUCAUGAAGUCUCUAUAGGUGUCAUCAAGACUAUUAUCAGAGAAAACAGAAAUAACCUCGAGGCCAUGGAGAAACGACUCCUCAACUGCAGCCAUGGCAUGGAGGAAGUACACCGUGACCUGAGCUCAGUGGACAACCGCAUGGUCCGACUGGAAGACACUCUGUCCCACCUGGUCCAUCAGCAGACCUUUAACCCUACAGAGGCAGACCAGGAGCUGAAGAACCUGUUGGACUUAAACACAGCCCAGCAGGAGGCGCUGAGGGACCGCCUGGACAACCUCAGCAGGGACGUGACGGCCGGAGGUGAACAGUGUCGUGAGAAAACGGACCAAGUGGAGAAGGAGAUCGCUCACAUCGACAGCCGUAUCGUCAGCAUAGAGGACUUGUGCGGUAAACUGGAUCCUAUCUCUGGCAGCAUCCAGAGAAUCAAAGAGGGCCUGAACAAACACGUCACCGCCCUGUGGACCUGCGUCCACCAGCUGAAUGGAACAGUCCGAGCUCAGUCCAGAGAUAUCGGGACGUUGAGGGGAACCAGCCUGAUCCUGGAGAACCACGUCGCUGACAUAGCCAGAAACCUGGAGAUGUUAACGGGCAGCGAUUUGAAAAAGUCAGGUGUCCAGGUUGCCGUCGAGGACACGGGACUCUCCCAGGGUUCAAGUAAAGGCCUCCCGGACCCCGUGGGCCCCGAGGACCCCCUGGACGCCCUCCUCCCUCGACCACCUGUGAUAGAGAUCGGCGAGGCCGGGCCUCCUGGGAAAAUGGUCUCCUCCAAGUUGCCUGAGGGAACGAGUGGCAGCAUGACGAUCCAGGGCUUCGCAGGAGCUCCAGCUUCUCCAGUCAAACGGUUCGGGUCAGAGAAGACCACCGUGAGCCCAGUCUCAGGUCAGGAGGUGUCGUUCUCCGCCGGUCUGACCGUUCCACCGACCCCGGGGGAGAUCGGGACCAUUCGGUUCGACAAGGUUCUGGUGAACGACGGAGGACACUACGAUCCCAGCACAGGUGUCUUCACGGCCCCCACGGACGGACGCUACAUGGUGAGUGCCGUCCUGGCGGCGCCACGCGGCGAGAAAGCGGAGGCCGUCCUCUCGGUGUCCGGUCACAGCGUCCAGAGACUGGACUCCUCAGGAUUCUCCUCCGGGGCGGCGCCAUCGUUCCCACAGCAGCAGUGCAGCUGCGGCGGCGCCCCGUCCCUCAGCCUGGUCCUGGCGCUGAGGCGUGGAGACACCGUGGGACUGGUCCUGACGUCAGGACAGCUGGCCGCUCCGUCCUCGUCCUCUGAGGUACUGUCUUCCUUCAGCGCAGCUCUUCUUUACCCCAGUGCGUCACAGCGGUAGCCCUGCUGCCCCCCCCCAAACCCCCCCAGAGACUACUACUGCAGUACUUUGGAGUACUUUACAUCAUGGAGGCGACGACGAAUGCUAGAGGUAUACUUUAUUGUUUGAAGAGGUAAAAACAAACGACCAAAACGUCCAUGUUUCUAUAACAGGUUUUAAUAUAUAGGAUUGUAUUUAGUGACAUUAUUUCAUUGUCCAGUUUUGUCUACAGUUUAAGACUUUUAUAAAAAAAUAUAUUUUGUUUGAAGACAACACCUGCAGUGAUGCCCGUUUCCUUCAUCUGUUGCUUCCUGAUAAACAUACUUGUCGGAUGCCCACUGACAUCCGACAUGUCGGAUGUCACUGAUCCAAUCUGAUCCAAGUUUGUUCCAAUUUAGCAAACAAGUCGGAUGUCAGCGGACAUCCGAUUUGUUUGUUAAAUUGGAACAAACUGGAUCAGAUCGAUCCAAGUUUGUCGGAUGUCCACUGACAUCCGACAAAAACUUUCAGCCUCAGCAAACAAGUCGGAUGUGGACAUCCGACUUGUUUGCUGAGGCUGAAAGUUUUUCAUCCUCAACUGGAACAAAACAUUUUAAAGACGUCAAACUUGUUUCAAAAACAAAAGCUUUGUGUGU